AUGGCAGCGCGCCAAUCAACACCGGCCUCGGAGCAUUCCCAUUCCGACGGGGGAAUUCGCAAAAGAGUAUGCAAGGCUUGCGAUCGGUGUCGUCUGAAGAAAUCCAAGUGUGAUGGAUCCAGUCCGUGUUCGCGAUGCCGAGCUGAUAACGCCAUUUGCGUCUUUGGGGAACGAAAGAAGGCGCAUGAUAAAGUGUAUCCCAAGGGAUAUGUUGAAAUGCUCGAGCAACAACAAAACUGGCUAGUCAACGGUCUCCAAGAACUCUAUCGACGCAACCUCGAAGGCGAAGGCUGGCCUGGCGAGCGGCUGAAGCUCGAGCCCAACGGCCACCCGCUUACACACGACCUGCUUAUGCGCCUCGGCGCCCUCGACAGCAGCAAAGGCGAGCGCUUUGAAGAGCAUCCCGAGGCCCUGCAGCAGGAUCUAUGGCGCAGCAACACAGGCAUGCAGCGACAAGAAUCAUCCGACGGAGGCUCCGAUAGCCCACAGUCCCCCGCCCGCUCGCGCUUCUCAUCCGAUGCCUUCUCUCAACACACUAUGCCACCAACGCCACCCACAUAUAGUCCCUCGACGCGCGCACCAGUCAAGACUGAGCCACAAAUGCCCAACACUCCACAAUUUGCGCAACCAAUGCCAUUGGGGGUUGUCAAUCCCUUGGCUCUGGAUCAACAGUGGCCCAACAACAGCUUUAACCCAUUCGAGGAUAUGGAUCUGAUGUCCGCCGAUUACUCUCACAUGCCCUUCGACGACCAGCUCUCAUCACCAAUGUUCAACCGCCAGGUGCCCAUGAACUGCCUGUCACAAGGAUCCUAUAUAGAUUCCAAGAACGAGUACGACGAUUUCAAUCAGUUCUUGAAUCCGAAUCCUACGGAAAUUACCUCUCUUUGA